AUGGCGGCACAGGACACACCCGCGUCGUCCCCGUUCGAAGCGCUCAUCAACGUCGUGCCGGCCGUCCUCGACGCGCUGCCAGCCGAGGCCGUGCGCAACGUCGCGGCGACGUCCUGGGCGUGCCUGAUCAUCGCGCUGAGGCACACGCCGCUGGAGGUGCACGUGCGGCCGCUCCCGGAGACGCAGCUGCUGGCGGGCAUCGCGCGGCGCACGGAGCGCUGGACGCACGCGGUCGGCACCAUCGUGUUCACGAUACCGAUGUCGUUCGUCUCCUGGGUGACGAUGGGCGUGGCGGCGAGCGAGGCCGGGAGGGUGCACGAGGAUUGGACGGGGGCCUGCGAGGACGCGGGAUGCGGCUGCGGCGAGGAGGGCUGCUGCGCCGACACUCUCAAACACUCGAUGGCCGGCCGGCUGUUUCAAGACGGGUGCAACUGGGACCCGCCCCCGCUGCGCUCCUUGUCGUUGGUUGGGGACAUGUUCGCCGACGCCAGUGCCGUCGCUCGCGAGAUCCUCAACAAGGGCCCCAGGACGCCGCACCACCACCUGGCCGACCUGUGCUUUCUCAGGCUGGCAGUGACCGGUGCAGGGGACGUGGAGCCUCUCCCGCGCGACAUCGCCUCGGCGGCGAAUCUGCGUGUCCUGCACCUUGACACCUUCUGGGCGCUGAGCGACUGCCUGGACGCGCUCAUCGACGUGCUGCGCGCCCUGCCGCACCUGGAGGAGCUGCGCAUCGAGCCGAGAGGGAUCAUGCGGUCCAAGGGCGUCGCGGCGCUGUUCGAUCACGUGGCGACCAACGGCACGAUCGUGGACCUGACGGUGCUGGGAGUGAGGGUCGGCGAGGAGGGCGGCGAGGCGAUGAAGCGCGCGCUGCGCGAGAACACGACGCUGCGCAGGCUGCGGCUCCGCGAGAACCUGCCGGACGCGGACCCGUGGGAGAUGGAGACCCAGCUGUUGUUGGGAUCCGCGCUGGGUGCUGCGCUGCCGGGCAACUCGACGCUGGAGGAGCUGAGCCUGGAGGGGUCGGACCUCGGCGAGCACGAGGGCGAGCUGCUGCGUGGGGUCGCGGGGAGCACGUCGCUGCGGGUGAUGAACCUGCGCGGGUGCAAGAUCCGCGAUUCGACCGAGGUCACGGCGAGCUUCCGCGCGAUCGCGAAGGGCGGGAUCCGGCGGCUGCUGCUCGGCGGGAACAUGCUUGUGGACACGGUCGGAAAUCACAUCCCGGAGGCGCUCAUGGAGUCCUCACAAUUGGAGGAGCUUGAGUUCAGCACUCAGGACUGCGUCAACACCAGACUCCCCCCCCUUUGUGUAUGCGACAGCCUAGUCUGCGCGCUCCGCGACGGCGCGCUGGGGCGGACGCUGCAGGUCCUGGUUCUCCGGGGCGUGACGGUCGUCUGCAACGGGGGCGACGAUGGCUACUGGGGGGAGGCUUACGACGAAUUCGGCCUGCCUGACGGCGGCAUGUGCCUGCUGAUGGCGCUAAAGCACUGCGCGGCGCUGCGCACCCUGGACCUGUCGUACUGUGCGCUGUCGGACGACGCCCUCGGGCUCGUCCCCGCAGUGCUACAGUGCAGCCCCCGGUUGAGACAGCUGUCUCUGCGCGGGUGCGGCAUCGACGACGAGAAGGUCCGGUGGCUGUGCGACUGGUCUGCGGAUUACAAGGCGCUCGAGAGUCUGGAUCUCGGCGAGAACAACAUCAAGGAUGUGUUCAAGUUUGUCGGAAGUCUGUGCUACGAAGACCCCAAUGUGUUCCCCUCUUUCAAGGAGCGGCCGUGCGGGCUCAAGCACCUGGAUCUGAGCCGCCAGACCUACUUGGACGCCGAGGAGGGGAAGAUCGAGUUGCUUGCGCGCGUCGUGAGGAGCGGCGCGUUGCCCCUCGAGACGCUGGACCUGAGCCGCAACUGCUACGUCACUUGGGAGCAAAUUCGAGUGGUCCUCGGCGGGAUGUUCAAGAGCAAGCCGGCGAGGACGAUCACGCUGCGCGCCACGGUCGACGACCCGACCGACGCCUUCGACCUGGGGGCGUGGUACCAGAAGCGUCGAUUGGCGCGCCGCGAGGGGCAGAGCAUUGUUCAUUUCGAGAUGACGCGCCAGCAGCGCCACGCGUGA